AUGAAGUAUUCAUGCUGCCUUUAUCCGGAAGGAACCGAGACUAUCGCCCAGGCCGAGGUUGCCAUGCUUGAAACAUAUGUGACGAAGGCUGAGAUCCAAGAUGGUAUGAAUAUACUCGACUUAGGGUGUGGGUGGGGAUCGUGUGCUCUCUAUUUUGCUGAGAUUUUCCCAAACUCCAAGAUUACCGCGAUUUCCAACUCCCGAACACAGAAGCAGUACAUUGAUGCUAAGGCGAGAGAUCAUGGUAUCUCGAAUCUUGAAGUAAUCACGGGCAAUAUCGUGGAUUUCGAGUUCGAGCUCGAAUCCUUUGAUCGAGUGGUCUCAGUUGAAGAGGGGUGGAUGUCCACCCAUUUCUUCACUGGUGGGACUAUGCCCUCGGCGGAUCUACUUCUUUACUUUCAAGCAGACCUCAACAUCGAAAAGCAGUGGUGGAUCAACGGUAAACAUUAUUCGAAGACAUGCGAAUGGUCCCAGGGGUGUUUCCAUCCGAGUAGCACCGGGCCUGGCCAAGGUCUUCUAAAGGAGGCCCAGGAGCUUGCCGGGGCACCUUCCCGAGACUACACUGCUGCCCCACUAGAGUCUGACCUGUUCGAGUGGCACUUCACCCUCAAAGGGCCUCCAAACUCGGUAUAUAGUGAAGGCAUCUACCACGGUCGUAUCGUCCUGCCGCCUGCGUACCCCCUUCGACCACCGAGCUUUAGGUUCAUGACACCCAGUGGUCGGUUUGAAGCAAAUCGGGAAAUCUGCCUGAGCAUAAGUGGCCACCAUGAAGAGACUUGGCAGCCGGCGUGGGGUGUUCGUACGGCACUCGUGGCAUUAAGAAGUUUUAUGGAAACGGACGCAAAGGGCCAGCUAGGAGGCCUAGAUACAACCGACCAGGUCCGAAAACAGCUGGCUACCGAGUCGCUUACCUACCUCUGUCCGGCUUGUGGCAAGUCCAACAGAGAGAUUAUAAAAGAGUGCCAGGAAAGGGUAGAAUCGGGCGCUGUUACUCCCGACGUCGAUGUCGAGGUGCCAUCCGAACUAACAAUGGGCUGGAAAGAUGAGAUGGGACGCAGGGCUAGUGAUCUGGCACCCAAGACUAGCCACAAAAACCAACCUCAAAACCAAUGCCACUCCUCUUCCGGCCGGCCCGUUGAUACGACUUUAAGACACCCUCGUUCCUCAGACUAUGCUACCGACUCCAGUUCAUCCCCCAGGUUGACACGCGUGAUCCAGGAGCAAGAAUGA